AUGGCGACCGUUGACACCAUCGUUGCGCAGCCCCAGGCCGGCAAGACGCAGGUUGCGGAACAGAAGACAGCCCACGAAUUCUGGUCUGACUACCUGUGCUCUAUGGUCCAGCCGCUGCUCCAGGCGUCUGGCGCGUAUACUCCUGAGCAGCAGGCCCAGCAGUUGCGGUUCCUCACGGACCAUAUCGCGCCGACCCUGGGGCCGCUCCCGUCCCAGGCUCGGGCCAAGUACACCAUGACCUAUUGCGACUCGCCCUUCGAGCCCAGCCUCAACCUGACGUCGACUAGCAAAUGCAAGGUCCGUUACAGCCUCGAGGUUGUAAAACCGGGCGGUGGCGCCGACGGACCGGACCCCUUCGGCGAGAAGCGGGCUCGCGAGGUCCUCUUGGCCCUCGCAAAGGCCUCAGGUGCCGACACCAAAUGGCUCACCAGCAUCAUGGACCUGUUUUACUUGACGCCCGAGGAGACGGAAGCCAUGCGGCACAAGAUCCCGACCUUCAUGCCCAGCAGCCUCUGCGGGUUUGACCUGGACGGCGGCAAGGCCAUGAUGAAGGUCUACAUCCUCACCAUGCGCAAAGCCAUCGCCUCAGGGAGCCUGUCGAGCAACCUGUACACGCUGGACGCCCUGCGCAAACUCGAGCCUUUUGGUGACAAGCUCGGGCCCGGCCUCGAUGUCGUUGCGGACAAUGCCUUCGCCGUGGCUAGCGAUGUCAUGACACUUGGCGGGCGCCUGACCGACGAGGCCACGCUCAAGCGCGUUGAGAUCCUGCGGACCCUUUGGCCCCUGCUCCGUAACGAGAAGCCCGGGCAGGGACCGGACCCCUCUGACGGGGACGCGUACGACGCCUGGGAGAAGCCUGAGCGGAUCACCGGAACCCCUCUCUCCGGGCUCCAGUACAACGUCGAGAUCAACCCCAGCAAGCCCGGCCUCGAGAUGAAGUGCUACGUCCCGUUGUUCCAGCACAACGCGACGGCCCAGGAGUCCGAAGGUAACGUGGAAAAGAUUCUGACCAAGCUGCAACACGAGUGGGGCAGCAACGGAAAGUACCCCGAGGCCGUCAAGGCUGCACACGGCCAAAACCGGGUCUCGCCGACCUUUGUGUCCUUUUCCUACUCCAAGAGCAAAGGCCCUUACAUGUCGUCAUAUCUCCCGGGCAUCCUGGACGUGGGCGCGGAGAUGAAGGCGGGUAACUGGAAGUAUACUUAG